CUUCGCUGCUGGGGGUGCGUCAGGUCAAUUCAGUGGGAGAGGUGAACACGUAUUAAUGUGAGCAGGUAUUUUCACAGUCAUGAACGUAGAGAAGAACUGAAAUAAGGGAAACUGAAAUAAGGACUCUCUCAAACCACUUAUUUUUUUUAAAUAAUUUUGUUAGGUUUUUUUUUUUUUUUUUCUCUCCCGGGAUAUUAAAGUUUGGCUGAAGCCUCUGUACCCCAUCUACUUCUCAGCAUGGCAGAGCCUGCUGAGCUGCUGCUCAUCAAGGACCAGUACGAGUUAGCGUUUCAUUCGCUGAGUCGCGGGUUGGCUGCUGAAGAGGCCGGGAAAAGAGCGGAGGCCCUAGAGUAUUACAGAAAGGGCAGGCAGCACCUUACACACGGACUGGAAGUUCCCUCUGGGGGGAUGAGGCAGCAGGGAGUGGCCUGGGACACGGCCAGACAGCUCCAACAGAGAAUGAGGGACACUCUGAGUACUGUCGCUACCCACCUCUCUGACCUGGAGACCUCUCAGCUGACAACAGAAAGCCAGCGGGGCCAACUGUUAAUGGGUCUUCCUCCCAAUCUUUAUCCAGACCUGUCACCUAACAGUCAGCCUCCCCAUAGCUCUCUCCACCAUCUGUACCCCACCAUACCUCCUCCCACCCAGAACACAACCCCAACCCCAAAUACAGCCCCUGUCAGGCCUGCUUCCCCUGCUGCUCCACACAGAUACACACUCCCUGAAGUGGCUCCAGGAACUAUAGCCAUGGCUAACCCAGGGGAUCAGCCUCCAGCAUACACACCAAGGCCCACAGAUGGGCACCGCAGCCUGGCUUAUGGUCCUCCCGGAGGUGGCCUCGAGUCAGGAAAGCAGACUGGAGCAGCAGCGGGACGAGAUGGAACCGAGCUGCUUUUCAUUCCCUCUGGGGUGCAGAUGUUCUUCGUGGAACCAAAUGGACAGGUCAGCUCCCUGUCGAAUCCAGGUUACCUUCGCAUCAUCGCAUUUGGCACUGAGAACAAGGAUUCUGCUGCCGGAAAGCCCUCAGCAUUUCUACAUGUGUGCGACUGGCUGUACCCACUGACAACAGACACUCCGGUGCUGUUGGCUAACUCCGGGAUCUUCAUGUUCCCUGACUCCUUAGCAGAGACGCCAGGGUCCUAUGUGGGCAUAGUGUUGUCCUCUGAACUCCCUGGUGCCGACCGAGAGAUGUUUCAGGACCUCCUAUCACAGCUCGCUGAACUGAGGAUCCAGGGUCCGGAGGGGGCAGAGUCAGAGGUCAUCAACCUGAGUAUGAAAGUUCCCCUUGGUUCCCCAGAAGAGCAAACAAGACAGUCAGCCGGGGAGAAGGAAAAACUACCACUGCCUGGAUGGAGUGAGAAGAUGGCACAAGGAAUCUUGUCAGGAGCUACACGGUUGAGUCAAGGGUUUGUAAAAGGAGCAGAGGCCACAGGUAGGGCCAUUCAUAAAGGAGCAGCUAAGAUCCGGGACCACAUCACGCCUGAGGAAACUCCUUCAGAGGUCAGCCCCCGUGUCACCAAAAGUCUGCAGGUGGCUAAACAGGCCACCGGGGGUGCUGUGCGAGUCAGCCAGUUCUUGGUUAAUGGAGUGAGUACGGUGGCAGGACACGUGGCAGAGAAGAUGGUCCCCCAUGUGAAGAAACAUGGUGCUAAGCUGGUCCCAGAGUCUAUGAAGAAGAGCAAAGAUGGCCAUGCUUCCAACUUGGAUGGAGCCAAGUUUGUAGCCGCCAGCAGCGUACAAGGUUUCUCUACUAUUUGGUCUAGUCUGGAGACUGGAGCAAAGCUUGUUGGCAAGAGUGUUGCAACAGAGACUGUUACAACUGUGAAGUACAAAUUUAAGGGCUUAGAGAAUCUAAUAAACAUGUCCAGCAACAUAUGACUGCACGGGGGAGUAAAGGCAAAGACUUGUGAACUAACUGCUGACCCCACUCAACCCUUUCGUGUGCACUCUUUUCACUAACUCAGAUCAAGUCAGAAAGUAACCCUAAGUAAGACAUAAUCCAAAUCUAAUGCAAGAAGUAACACAGAAACUGACUUAUGUUGAUUCACUUACAUCUGGGCAAUGUCUGGACAAACAAAGUAUGCAUUUUGGGUUCUUAUUUGACUUGGUGUGGUUUAAUCAUCUGGUGUGUGUCUUUCUGGGUCUGUCCAUGAUAACUGCAGCUAAAUGUCUGCUUGUGUUGGGUGGUGAUUCUCUUGCUGUUCAUACUAUCUGUAGCCCUUUCUCCAGGUUUGUUACUAAUAAAACAGCU